GACUGAGGAAAGUCACAACUCUCAAGCAGCAGAUGAGAUUUGAACCCAAGACACAAUGGAGUGCUUGGUGGUAGUAGUAGAAGUUUUAUUCGGCAAAAUACGGAAAAAUAUGACGAGGGCAAAGUUGCUGAAAAUAAUGUUUCCAGUCUCCAGUGCUGGAAUUUGUCCAUUAGCACCGUUAUGUACUAUACUGUGUAUCAUCAAUAGCAUGAGCCACAGCGAUGUUUUCGAUUUGAUAUGACAGUUCCCUCUCUAGUCUUUGUGGUCUUCUUGGUUGCGUUUUGUGUAUCCUUGGUAUCUAUGUUCGGUACCAAUUCCCUUGACAUCGGUAUGUUGGUCAAAUCUGUGGAUAUCAAUUGCGGGCUUAGAAAUGUGUCAUAGACUGGAGUGUACUAGUUUCUUGUUAUGAGUUUUGACGUAACAAACAAUAUAAGGUUCUUUUUGGGUGUUGUGAUUUGAGUACAUUCGGUUGUAAUGGUUGAAGUAGUUCCAAUAAGGAAUUCCUUCGAACUUUUGUCAUGCAUAUCAUAUAUUAAUGUAAUGUUUAGGUAAUAAUGAUGCAGUUGAGCUGGUAGUUUUGCAUGUGUGUAGAUGGUCAAAGGAUCGAACCAGAUUCGAGUCAGCAUCGUAUAUGUCUUAUUAUUUGCAGUGUGAUCUUAGCCCACUUUUUAAGAAGUGGAAUGAAAAAUGGAUGACAGUGGAGAAAGUCAGGCUCUCUUGAUGAAAGAAUUCAUGUCAGAAAAUGAACCCUAUAGAAUUGAAGGUGGAUCAAGUUCAGGCGAAGAAUCCUACAACCAGUCAGAUGGAUGGUGGGAUGGGACUGGCUCCAGUUGUAGUUCUUCCUCGUGUUAUGCUUCAGAUUCUUGCAGUGGAUCGGAGUUGGACUGGGAAUUGGCAAUAGAUCCUCGAGGAGAGCUGUUUUAUAUAGAUUCAAAUCCGCUUGAGAAAUCAGAACAUGAUUCUGCAGGAACAGCAGAAAAGGCAGAUGCUCCUAAAUACUUGAGCACAUUUAAUCGAAAUAGAUGUACUACAAGAGCCAAGCUUGUACAACUUAUGAGGAGAAACAGCAAACGGCAGUUUAAUAAGAUUGUCACCACAGGAGUAGAAAAUCAGCCAGCACAGACUCAGGGUGAGGUGCCUAAUAUUCGAGCAGCUACCAUUAAUAAAGUUACAUUCCAGGAUUGGCAGGAAGGUGAAGUUCGUGAAGUGAGCAUUUCUGUUGAUCCACGAGGUUGUCACAACCUGGGUCGCCGUGCAACCCUGUGUGAGACUGUUCUUGGACUAGUGAUCAGUACCUUUGCAGAUGAGACACGUAUUAUGAUUGCUGGAUUUAUUCCCAAUGGUGAAGCCAUUAAACACCGCAGUAUCAAAGUUGGUAUGCUCACAAGAACAGUUUGAAAUAAAUUGUUUUAGCAGUGAGCGAAACAUAUAUAUGUGAAGAUGUCACAUAUAUCUUUAUAAUUAUGUGUGGUUUAAUUUCAUACUGUUGUGUGAAGUUGACCACAGUAAAAUUUGGAAUGAAUUGUCCAUUUCAUAUAUAUUUUUAUUGUAUAAAAUGUUUUUAUCUCUCAUCCAUUUCACGAUAUAUAAAAACAUGGUACAUAAUCACAGUAUUGUGAAUGUACUGAGCCCUCUCGGCCCCCGAUCCAGUGGGUAUCUAAAGCUCUUUCCUCAAUAGUAAAGCGGCUAUGGCAUGUAAGUGUCCACACACAUUUUACUUAGUACUGAGUGGAAUGUGUGCAGGUUUACCUCCACUUUUAUCCACAUAUCUUAAUGGCAUCAAGCCUAGUUACAGAUCCAACUUUGUUGUGAAAUUAAAUGAGCAGAUAUCAAGUUUCCUCAGUUCUGUUCCCUUCAUUCUUAUCAUUUAUCAGAGUCUUCAUUUUCCUCUGUAUAUCCUUUAUUUUGCGCAAUAAAGGAUAGCCAGUUAUUCAUGAAUUCAUGUACUAUAUCAUUUAUAUAAGUAUCUUCAUAUUUCACUGUUUCCCUUCUUGUUUCAUGUAGCUACAUUAUUAAUCUUUUCUUUACAUGCCUGCAGUCAGCUUUUAUAUUUCAUG